GAUAACUUCAUCCUCACUGUGCUUACUCAGUUGAUAAUAACAACACAUAGUUAUGCCGUGCCAUGUGAUGUAUUAUCUCUUACUGUCACUUUAAGAGGCACCGAUGCAGCAGACGCAGUUGCCUCAUUUAAUCUCCGGGCUUCAUGGCUGCAGGAAUGGACUCUCUUCAGCAUCAGCAGCAUCUUUUUUUCCUCAUGCCACCGGGGACUGCUCAGCAAUCAAGUCUGGCGGGGAUUGAAUCUUCACCACUAUGCACAACUUCUUCGACCUGCCGAAAUGUCCAGCUCUGAGGGGUCCUAGUGUCCCUCUCUAGAGGCAGCAGUGGAGAGAGAGGGGGAGUUGGUCCAGCACAUCAUGUCUCUCAUUUCAAGUCGUAAGCCCUCCACAGGUCAGCGCAGGCGCUCAGUGGGCACGAGUGGUGGGACCGGGCGAUAUUCCCAUAGUGACACAUCUAACACCAACACCUAUCCUGGUCGGGGCAGGGCAGCUGAGGGCAGCCCCACAGCUCGCACGUAUCCUAGUACACCCAGACGACAGGCGAAGCACACAGCCUGCAGUGAUAACCAUGGGAUCAGGCCCCCAACCCCAGAGCAGUACCUCACACCCCUGCAACAGAAGGAGGUGUGUAUACGACAUCUGCGAGCCAGACUGAGGGAGAAUGUCGAAAGACUACAGCACAGGGACUUUGAGAUAGAUGAGCUGAGGAGCCAGCUGUACAGGAUGCAAGAGGACUGGAUUGAGGAGGAAUGCCACCGUGUGGAGGCACAACUAGCCCUGAAAGAGGCCCGCAAGGAGAUCCAGCACCUCCAGGAGGUGGUGGAGUCAGUGAGGACCAACCUCAAUGCCCGUGAACAAGACCCUCACAUUCAGAAGCCAUAUCCAGGUCAGCAGGGAGCUCGGCCAGGUGGGAAAUCUCGUUCCUGUGGCUGUUCUCCGGCCAGCACCUUGAGCCGCAGCACCACCUACACACGGCUAAGUAGUGAGGCCCUGGCUUUGCAGCUGGACCGCAACUUAGCUGCUCCAGAGGCAAGCGGAGCAUCCCGACCAGCAGGGCAAACCCACCUGCUUCUGGAGGCUGCCCUCCUAUCAGAGCAGGUGCCACCACCCACCCACGUCCGAGGCCCCCCAGCUGUGCCUCACUCGUCAACCUUUGAGAAGUUGUGCAGUGGGGGGACUGUGUUGCCGAUCUCACACUCCUGUCACACUCUCAGUAGCAGCUGCAGGUGCAGUGGACACACCUACCUCCCCCAUCAUCACUUGUUUCUGCACUUACCUCAGGAGGAGCCCCCACCAGCAGCGGCAGGCCCUGCUCCUGCCUCUGCCAGCGCUCCUAUCCAAACCCCUGCUCCGGCGGCAGAGAAGAAGCCUGAGGUUCGGUCUCAGGCCUGCAGCCCCACCAUGACCUGGCUCUCAGAGGAAGGUGGUGGUGAAGAACUGAGUGUCAUUUCCUUACCGACAGCAGACAUCAACCUCCCAGAACCACAUCUGUUUCUGCCCUCUUUGCCUCCCUCUUCUCCUCCUGAGCAAUCGUACAAUAUAGAGAUGCUACCUCCUGACAAGCCAGAGGAGGUGGUGAAGGUGCCAACAGUGCCCCAAACCUGCCAACCCCAGCCCGUAGCUCAGCUGAUAGAGAUGCAGGAAGCUACAGGAGUGGAGAUAGAAGGGGGGAACGAGGAGGAAAGCGAAGGUGUCAACGAAAAUGAGCAUUCUCCUCAGCGGUGCCACUGGAGCCGGUACUUCCUGAUAGAUUUGCUGGCUUUGGCAAUGCCAGUGGUCCCAACAGUGGCCUGGCUGUGCCGAGGGGCGCCACGGGAAGUCAUGCCUGUGUAUCACAUCGGAUCCCUGCUGAGAGGUUGCUGUGCUGUGGCCCUUCAUUCGCUUCGCCGCCAGGGUGCAGGCAGGGGCCGCGGGCCUACCAGUAUGAACGGGGCAACACUGAUCUGAGGUUUUUUGCUCCUUGUUACUCAACAGCAACACAACUCUGAACCACUGCAGGCACAGCCACAGCCACCUUGACUUACUUCAAAUUUAAUUGCAUUUUGGUGAUUACAAUGUGUUGGACAGCCCCUCUUAUAUGAUUAUUAGAUUUACCAUAAUGCCCUUGUGAUUCUGUGGUCAUGCCUUGCCUUAGAAGAACAAAGGAUUAGUAGUACAAUAGGGAAUGUUUCAUGACUCCAAUAGAUUUACUGCCACUGCCUGCAAUCACUAUACAGCCCGUUGCAUGUAGCCCAGAGGGAUGGUCAAGCCUUGCCAAUUUCACACCAUUUUACCAGGCUAGAAAGCCUUGUUUGAAUUUUGAACCUUUUGAUAAAAAAAAUCCAAUCCCACACAUUAGCCCUUUAAUACUGUAUAUAAGAUCUUAUGUGGAAAAAAUUCCUCUAUUUUGAAAGUAUUUCUUCUAGUACCCACAGUGGGGUUGAUGGGAUCCUGAUGAUACAAUCAAAAGACUUGCACCAGACUUAGAUGAACCUAUAUGCCCUCAUCUGGGUGGCGAUCUUGGACAUGGUACACACAUAGUGACAAGGGAGUUCAGUUAAAAAAAUCAGUGUGAUUCCC